UCCGUGACCCCUGGCCGGCCCUCCCUUCCCGCCCUUCCUCCCUCCCUCCUUCCCUCCCGCCCGUCGCGGCCGCUGCUGGCGCCUCCGCUCCCCGAGGACCUCCCGGCGCGGCGAUGGGGUCUCGGGCCUCCACGUUACUGCGGGACGAAGAGCUGGAGGAGAUCAAGAAGGAGACGGGCUUUUCCCACAGUCAGAUCACACGCCUCUACAGCCGGUUCACCAGCCUGGACAAAGGGGAGAACGGGACUCUCAGCCGGGAAGAUUUCCAGAGGAUUCCAGAACUUGCCAUCAAUCCACUGGGGGACAGGAUCAUCAAUGCCUUCUUUUCAGAGGGAGAGGACCAGGUAAACUUCCGGGGAUUCAUGAGGACUUUGGCUCAUUUCCGACCCAUUGAGGAUAAUGAAAAGAGCAAAGACGUCAACGGACCAGAACCCCUUAACAGCCGAAGCAACAAACUACACUUUGCUUUUCGACUAUAUGAUUUGGAUAAAGAUGACAAGAUCUCCCGUGAUGAGCUGUUACAGGUGCUGCGCAUGAUGGUUGGAGUGAACAUCUCAGACGAGCAGCUGGGCAGCAUCGCUGACAGGACCAUCCAGGAGGCGGAUCAGGACGGGGACAGUGCCAUAUCUUUCACAGAAUUCGUUAAGGUUUUGGAGAAGGUGGAUGUGGAACAGAAAAUGAGCAUCCGAUUUCUUCACUGAAGGACAGAGACCAAGCUGUUCUUGCUUUCUAGUAUUUAAGAACUGGAACGUAGGCAUCUCCUGCCCGCCAGCCCCAUGUCCACCCAUCAUCCCCCUCCUCCCAGAGAACUACUACCGUUGCAUGACAACCCCAGAGCUGUACGGUCCACACAAACUUGCCUUUGGUGUAUAAACAGGGCAUUACGGAAUGGUACCCCUGCCCCGCCCAGUGUUUCUGUUUGGUAUCCACGCACCGGUUCUCCACUUAGAAACACCAUCGUCCUCUCUCUGCAGCUGCUGCCCCACACCCAGACAGUGCGAGAGGGACUCACGCCAAGAACCAGCCAGCAAAGCUCUCACUGGACGUAGACCCGCCGUGCCGCACCCCCUCCAGUGAGGCACCGCCGUGCCCUGUGUCCUUGUAUGCGUCCUUUGCUUCUUGCUUUCCCGUCCUUCCACCCAGUAGUCCUUUCAGCUUUCUCUGCUUUUUAUUGAGCCUCCCGUUCCUUGGUACUACAAGCUAUGCCUGUUCAAUCUCUCUGACUUGGCAGGAUGGUUUGGUGGUCUGGCAGUUUUUUAAUCUACCUUCAUUUAAUGGUGAAUGGGUCUCUGGACGUUGCCUUCCCAGGAGCUUUCAGUAACCAACACUUCCCUUGGAAGAAUGUGAGCCUUUCUCAGUCCCUUGUCCUGUUGGGUCAUCAAAAGGCUUCUGAGUGGAGAUGUCCUUGAAAGGGGGCGUUGGCGGGAAGAGCAGAGCUGUGUCCGAGGUGACUUGCCCUGGUCAGUGUACCCCUGGCCUCUGCUUCUCAACCAUAUAUACCCGCAGUGUUCCUCUUGUGAGGGCGUUGUUGACUCUUGAGAAAAUGGUCAUGCCUGCGAGUUUGCUUAGCUUUGGGACAUUGUCAUUACCACCGUGGCUGCUCUGACAGUAUGCUUGGGAACCAUCUUGUGACUUUAAAAAAAACAACACUGGCUACCCUGGGAAGCCACUCUGCGGUGAAGGUUGUGCCUCAGCCUUGCAUGCUCUGAAUUCGUUUCCACUUGAUAGACCCAAGCAGAAAGGCUCGUGGUACGAAGUGCCUAACUUAUCCCAGUCCAAAAGAAUUGAACAUGGUGUCUUCAAGUCUUGCAUGAAGAGUGUUUUAGGAAUUUUACACAUGGGCAAAUGUCAGUGCUGGAAGGCAUCGUCAGCUCCUACUACACGUCCAGAGCAUUGGAUGUCUUCAGUCAUUAGCUGCCUGGUUAUGUUCGCUUCCUUGCUCCUAGCGUGGACCACUGCAAAUCCCUCAGAAGCAAGGGGUCUGGCACCUGUGGCACAACCCAAGGUGGCAUUCGAGGGGGCCAGAGCAACUGUUCUUUUACCGCCAGAGUCAGCUUAGUGGAGACUUGAUUGGAUCAGCUGAUUGCUGUCCUGUAUGUAUGAUUAUUUAUUCAUAUAUCUGUCCUUGCCUAACGUUCUCUGAUUUACUGCUUUCUUGCUUGCUUGCUUGUGUCCUUGCUUUGGAAAGCUAUCCAAGAUAAGUAAGCAGUUCUUUGGAAAGGGAGUUGAUUUAAAAAAAAAAAAUCCACUGCAAAGGGAAAGGUGGGCACUAGAUGAGUGGCCAGGCUGUAUGGCUCCAGCAGAAGCGAACGAAGAAUUGUUUAUGAAGUGUCAGUCUGACGCUAAUCAAGUGAUGUUACAUUGAAAUCGUAUAAAAGGGAAGCAUUGUCUGGUUGAUCUUUUAGUAAGGUACUUCAGAGACUGGUUUGCCUAUUUAAAGUUUUCCCAAAUUAUGGCUUUCCUCCCCUUUGGCUGUAGUGCAAAAUGUCUCAAUCCACAGUUGUGCCUUAUUGUAUUCUUGACCCAUCAAUAAAUACUUGUGGUUACAAC